GCGAUCUGGGUCCUGAAACCUGGAGUAAAAGAUCCUGAUUACUCAACUCGCCCUCACCCCUUGACUAACACAGCCUCGCCGCUGUUGUGCGUUGGAAACCGAAGCAACCUAUCGGAUCGAGCGCCGCUGCAUCAAUCAAGCAGAUCCAGCCUGGUCUCGUGGAGACAAGCACGAGCGGCAACAUCAGCAGUGCCAAAAGCGUAAGAUACGGGAGCAAGGUUCACAAGGUCGAAAUAAUGGGCGGCCCCAAGAUCACACUCUACGUCGAUGUUAUCAGUCCCUUUGCCUAUCUGGCAUAUUAUGUGCUGAGGCAUCAUCCCAUAUUUCGCCCUGUCACGAUAACAUACAAACCCAUCCUUCUCGGCGGACUUAUGAAAUCCUGCGACAACCGCGCUCCGAUCGAAAUCCGUAACAAAGACAAAUGGAUUCAUGUUGAGCGUCUGCGCUGGGCACACCAAUUCCAUGUCCCCAUGUCCAAAAAGGGGCCUGACAACUUCCCCUUCCCAACACUACACGUCCAGCGCUUCCUGACGGCGCUGCAUGUCACAUAUCCGGACAAACUCACUCUGGCUCUCGACACGCUCUAUGCAAGUCUCUGGACCGAGCCGAGCGAAUCAAAGAUUGCCGACCCCAAGGUCUUCGGACCGAUAUUGGAGAAAGCGCUGGGCAAAGAUGUCGUGAGCGAGUGUAUCGCCAAGAUGGGCGAUGCGGAUGUUAAGAAGCAGCUCGUCGCAUCGACCGAGCAGGCUUUCGCGGAUGGCGCGUUUGGAUUGCCGUGGUUCCACUGCGAGAACGCCAGUGGUCAGGUCGAAGGGUUUUGGGGGUUUGAUCAUCUUGGCCAGGUGGUGAGGUUCCUUGAGUUGGAUGAUGGUGGAAAGGGGGAGAUCAGGGCCCUUUUGUAGCCCGGACUGACUGCAUACUUC